ACCGUGCCUAUGAGGCCAAGCAGGAUUCCCAGACAAGUCGCUAUCAAAUUUCGAUGUUAUACACAGGAGAAAAUGAAAUUUCCACAAUCUCUGUUCUUUUCUCAAACAUCAAGAUCAUCAAAAUCUGUGAUGAUAAUUAUUCCAAACAAAAUAUUAGGCCCCGUUGAAUCAGUAAAAAAAAAACCACACAUACGCACUUCCUCAGUAGCAUAAAAGUGCGGAGCACCCUCUGCUUCUGCAUCAACUCUCAUGGCUUCCUCUAAAACCCUCUCUCUUCUCCUCCCCUCAAUCUUCUUCUCCUCAACAUUUGCCCUCAACUCUUCUUCAUCUUCUUCAACUUCCCUAGAUUCCAAUCUUUCUUCCAUAAAAAGUUUCUGCAAAACCACACCAUACCCAGAUGCCUGUUUUGAUUCCUUAAAGCUUUCUGUUUCCAUUAACAUAAGCCCAAACAUCCUUAACUUCUUACUCCAAACCCUCCAGCAAGCAUUAUCCGAAGCAGAAAAACUAACCAAUCUGUUCUCGAACCCUGGAAACUCGAUUCUAGAAAACCAGAGAGGUACAAUCCAGGACUGCAGAGACCUUCACCAGAUCACACUGACGUCUCUACAGAGAUCAGUGUCAAAAAUCAAGUCAGGCAAUGCCCGGAAUCUCGCCGACGCCAGGGCUUACCUCAGUGCAGCCCUCACGAACAAGAACACCUGUCUGGAAGGGCUGGACACUGCUUCCGGUCCCUUGAAGCCGGUUUUGGUUAGUUCAAUUACUAGCACUUACCAGCAUGUUAGUAAUUCUCUGUCCAUGCUUUCGAAGUCAGUUCCUAAACCGGGUCACCAAACUCGCCGGCUCUUGGGAUUUCCGAGAUGGGUUUCGAGAAAAGAUCGCCGAAUUUUGCUGAGCGUUGGGGAUGAAUAUAACCCGAGUGAGGUGAUUACGGUGGCUGCAGAUGGUAGCGGAAACUUCAGUACCGUAACGGAUGCUAUCAAUUUUUCUCCUAACAAUAGUUAUGACAGAGUCGUUAUUUACAUUAAAGAAGGGGUUUAUAAAGAAAAUGUUGAGAUUCCAACCCAUAAAACAAACAUUGUUCUGCUCGGAGAUGGAGCUGAUCUCACUUUAAUUACCGGAAACCGAAGUGUUGGCGACGGCUGGACUACUUUUCGAUCUGCAACUCUUGCGGUAUCUGGGGACGGUUUUCUAGCACGGGAUAUUUCCGUUGAGAACUCUGCCGGACCGGUGAAGAACCAAGCGGUAGCGUUAAGAAUAAAUGCAGAUUUUGCUGCAUUAUACAGAUGCAGCAUCAGUGGGUACCAGGAUUCGUUGUAUGUCCAUUCUUUCAGGCAAUUUUACAGGGAGUGUGACAUUUCGGGUACAAUUGACUACAUUUUUGGUAACGCUGCCGUAGUCUUCCAGGCAUGUAACAUUAUAUCUCGGAUGCCAAUGUCGGGCCAAUUCACAGUCAUCACGGCUCAAUCACGGGACACCCCUGACGAGGACACCGGUAUUUCGAUACAAAACUGCUCAGUGAUUGCUGCAGAUGAUUUAUAUGCUAGUUCCAGUUCUUUCAAGAGUUACCUGGGAAGACCCUGGAGGGUGUACUCCAGGACAGUUUUCCUUGAGUCAUAUAUUGAUGCAUUUAUUAACCCCAAGGGCUGGAUCGAAUGGUCUGGUGGGAAAGGGUCGGACACCCUGUAUUACGGAGAGUAUGACGAUUACGGGCCAGGUGCGGGGACUGAAGACCGGGUUAGUUGGCCUGGUUAUCAUGUAAUGAGUUAUGAAGAUGCUUAUAAUUUUACUGUAUCCGAAUUUAUCACCGGCUAUGCCUGGUUGGAUUCAACUUCAUUUCCAUAUGAUGAUUCAAUAUAGAAUUAUGUGAUGUAAUGUUGCUCAAAGGAGAGGGCCCUUGCACUGGAAGAUAUUUAGGGUAGAUUACAGGGGACCACCAGCCUUGUUUUCCUCUAAAAAGUGUAGCAUUCAAUGUUUUUCA